GGUAGCAGCAAAAUGGAUCGUUAUGAGAAGCUGAGUCGCCUGGGCGAGGGCUCCUACGGUGUUGUCUACAAAUGCCGUGAUCGAGAAACAGGCGCUCUCGUUGCGGUCAAGAGAUUUGUUGAGUCCGAGGACGAUCCAGCCAUACGCAAAAUAGCACUGCGAGAAAUAAGGCUGCUGAAGAAUCUUAAGCACCCGAAUCUGGUGUCCUUAUUGGAAGUGUUUCGUCGCAAGCGUCGCCUGCAUCUGGUCUUUGAAUUCUGCGAGCUGACGGUGCUGCACGAACUGGAAAGGCAUCCGCAGGGCUGCCCGGAGCCGCUGACCAAGCAGAUCUGCUAUCAGACGCUAUUGGGCGUGGCAUAUUGCCACAAGCAGGGCUGCCUGCAUCGCGACAUCAAGCCCGAGAACAUAUUGCUGACGGCCCAGGGCCAGGUGAAGCUGUGCGACUUUGGCUUCGCCCGCAUGCUCAGUCCGGGCGAGAACUACACAGACUAUGUGGCCACACGCUGGUACCGCGCGCCUGAGCUGCUCGUAGGCGACACACAAUACGGCACGCCGGUAGACGUGUGGGCGAUCGGCUGCCUCUUCGCGGAGCUGGUGCGCGGCGAGGCGCUGUGGCCCGGACGCAGCGAUGUGGAUCAGCUGUAUUUGAUACGAAAGACGCUGGGCGACUUGCUGCCGCGGCACAUACAGAUCUUCGGGCAGAACGAGUACUUUAAGGGCAUAACGCUGCCGGUGCCGCCGACGCUGGAGCCGCUGGAGGACAAGAUGCCGGCGAAGGCGCUGCAGAAUCCGCUCACCAUCGAUGUGCUGAAGAAAUGCCUCGACAAGGAUCCGGCCAAGCGCUGGUCCUGCGACAAGCUGAUCAAGCACUCCUACUUCGACGACUACAUAGCCAAACAGCGCGAGCUGGACCAUAUCAACAGCCUGGAGGCGGCCACGUUGCGGCAGCAGCAGUUGGCCUCGCAGCAAUUCAUGCUGGCCACGGCCGCCCAGCAGCUGCAGACGGGCGCGGCGCAUGCGGCGGCCGUUGCAGCGGCACGUGAUAAAUCAAAGCAGACUUCAAACACCUCCUUGCCGCUGCUGCCGAGCAAUCAGCAUCAGCAUCAUCAUCAUCAUCAUCCGCAUCAGGACUUUGUGAAGCUGCAGCCGCUGAACAAGAAUGCGGCCAUGCUCCAUCGCACCGAGCAUCAUCUGCCCACAAUUUGAGGCUGCGACCCCC